AUGCGCGUUAAAAAGAAUAUCUUGAAAAAACAAGAUUUGAAUGCCGUUGUGGUUCUCGAAGACAUCUUUUCUGACUUCAGUAAUUGUCACGAGAAAUGUCGAUUGUGUUUCAAAGAAGCUGCUGAGCGAAAUUCAAGAAUACAAAUCACAGAUGACAUUCAGAACAAAAUUCAUUCUGUCCUGCAAAUUCACUUGUCAUAUGAUGGAAUAGGAUCAGAUUUCAUAUGUUCAAAAUGUGAAAACAAUUUAAAUAUUUCCCAUCAGUUUACGUUCAAAGUAAAUGAGAAAUUGAAGUGUUAUGAGAAGUUUAGUAGCAAAAAAGUUGAACAUUCCGAUGCCGAUGAUGAACUACCAGUCCCAUUUCAGGAGAAUUUAAUCAAAGUUGAAGAUGAAUUGAAUUUGUCAACAGAGAUGGAAUUGGUUUCACCAAUGAGUGAAAUCAAAGAAGAAAGCUCUGAAGAUGGAAGUCCAAGCGAAUCUGAAGGUGGGAAGAAUGAGGAGACAAUUGAACGUCAAAAGCAGGAUCAGUCAAAUCCUCAAUUCGUUCCACGUGAUGUUGGUGGACAAGUUUUAAAAAAUGGUGACACGUUCCAGCGACGUCAAUAUAUAAGAGAUUUCAAUAGUAAAUUCCAUUGUGAUAUUUGUGGAAAAACAAUGAAAACAAAAUCGAACAUUUCUAUUCACUUGAACAUCCACAAAGAAUUUAGAACAAAAGAAUUUCAUUGUCAUAUAUGUGAAAGUUCCUACCUUAGUCAACCUGGACUUCAAAGACAUAUAUUAAAGAAUCAUGAAAAAUCAAAGCAUCUCACAUGUUCAUUAUGUGGAAUAAUUCGCAUGACUGAAAAAGGCUUAGAAAAUCAUAAGUUACAUCCCUGUCUUUUACCUUGUGAGAUAUGUGGAAAAAUGAUUCGAAAGAAUAUAGUCAAACGACAUAUGAAUGAAGUGCAUUGCCACAAAGAAUUCAGAACAAAAGAAUUUCAUUGUCAUAUUUGUGAAAGUUCCUACUUUAGUCAACUUGGACUUCAAAAACAUAUAUUAAAGAAUCAUGAAAAAUCAAAGCAUCUUACAUGUUCAUUAUGUGGAAGAAUUUCCAUGACAGAAAAAGCCUUAAAGAGACAUAAGUUACGUCCCUGUCGUUUACCUUGUGAGGUGUGUGGAAAAAUGUUCACAAUGUAUACAAUCAAACGACAUAUGAAUGGAGUACAUUUCAAUUUGAAGCCAAUUAAAUGCUAUAUUUGUGAUAAAAUAAUCUGUAAAAAUAAUUUUGCGAAACACAUGACUACGCAUAAUGAUUUGGAAUACAGAAGAAAAGAUCAUUAUUGUCAAAUUUGCGGAAGGUCCUUCUUUAAUAAAGCAGCACUUAAAAUCCACACAUAUAAUGUUCAUGAAAAGCCGAAGCAUCUUACCUGCUCACUAUGUGGAAGAAUUUGCAGGACCGAAGAAGGCUUAAAAAAGCAUAAGUUACGUCCUCAUUAUUUACCUUGUGAGAUAUGUGGAAAAACUUUUAGAAAGGAUAGACUUAAGGAACAUCUGAAUGGAGUGCAUUUCAAAAUUAAACGAUAUCAGUGCGAUAUUUGUGGAAACAAAUUCGAUAAAAAAUAUCUUGCUCGUCACAUGACUACGCAUCUUGAUUUGGAACACAGAAGAAAAGAAUUUCAUUGUCAAAUUUGUGAAAGUUCCUACUUUGAUAAAGAAACACUUCAAAGACAUGUAUUAAGUAUUCAUGAAAGAUCAGGACUUUUUACCUGUUCAAUAUGUAGUAAUAAUUUUCGGACCGAAAAAGGCUUAAAAAACCAUAAAUUCCGUCCCUGUCGUUUACCAUGUGAGGUGUGUGGGAAAAUGGUUAAAAAGGAGAGACUUAAGCGACAUCUGAUUGAAGCGCAUUUUCAACCAUAUCAGUGCGAUAUUUGUGGAAACAAAUGCAGUAGCAAGUCAGUACUGGCUCGUCACAUGAUUACGCAUAUUGAUUUGGAACACAGAACAAAAGAAUUUCAUUGUCAAAUUUGUGAAAUUUCCUACUUUAAUAAAAAAACACUUCGAAGUCAUACAUUAAAGUAUCAUGAAAAAUCAAAUCAUUUUACCUGUUCAUUAUGUGGUAGAAUUUACAUGACCGAAAAAGGCUUAGAAAAUCAUAAGUUACGUCCCUGUCGUUUACCUUGUGAGUUUUGUGGAAAAAUGAUUCGAAAGGAGGGACUUAAGGAACAUCUGAAUGGAGUGCACUUCAAUAUAAAACCAUAUCAGUGCGAUAUUUGUGGAAACAAAUUCUGUAAACCAAGUCUUGCUCGUCAUAUGAAUACACAUGUUGGUUUGCAACACAGAAGGAAAGAAUUCCAUUGUCAAAUUUGUGAAAGUUCCUACUUUGAUAAAGCUGGACUUAAAAGACAUAUAUUAAAUAUGCAUGAAAGACCAAGUCAUCUUACCUGUUCAAUAUGUGGAAUAACUUGUUGGACCAAAGAAGGCUUGAAAAAACAUAAGUUACGUCCUCAUCGUUUAUCUUGUGAUUUUUGUGAAAAACGUUUUUCUACUAAACACUCCCUACAAAUUCAUCAAAAUAUGCAUAGAGAGAGAAAUUUGGCCUGUUGA